AUGCGCGAGAUUGUGCAUUUGCAAGCCGGCCAGUGCGGAAACCAGAUUGGAGCAAAGUUCUGGGAGGUUAUCAGUGAUGAACAUGGCAUCGACCCCACCGGUACUUACCAUGGCGACAGCGAUCUGCAGCUCGACAGAAUCAGCGUCUACUACAACGAGGCCACAGGUGGGAAGUACGUGCCCCGUGCCAUUCUGGUGGAUCUCGAGCCUGGUACCAUGGACUCUGUGAGGUCUGGUCCAUUUGGGCAGAUCUUCAGACCUGAUAACUUUGUCUUUGGUCAGAGCGGAGCUGGAAACAACUGGGCCAAGGGACACUACACUGAAGGCGCAGAGCUGGUGGACUCUGUGCUGGACGUGGUGAGGAAGGAGGCGGAGAGCUGCGACUGCCUGCAGGGCUUCCAGCUGACCCACUCUCUGGGCGGCGGCACCGGCUCGGGUAUGGGCACUCUCCUCAUCAGCAAGAUCCGCGAGGAGUACCCCGAUCGCAUCAUGAACACCUUCAGCGUCGUGCCUUCCCCCAAAGUGUCUGAUACCGUGGUAGAACCCUACAACGCCACGCUCUCCGUUCACCAGCUGGUUGAGAACACAGACGAAACCUACUGUAUUGACAAUGAGGCUCUCUAUGACAUUUGCUUCCGUACGCUCAAGCUCACCACCCCGACAUACGGAGACCUGAACCACCUGGUCUCGGCCACCAUGAGCGGGGUCACCACCUGCCUGCGUUUCCCGGGCCAGCUGAACGCCGACCUGCGCAAGCUGGCCGUGAACAUGGUGCCAUUCCCCCGUCUUCACUUCUUCAUGCCUGGGUUUGCGCCUCUCACCAGCAGGGGAAGCCAGCAGUACCGCGCGCUCUCCGUGCCCGAGCUCACUCAGCAAAUGUUUGACGCUAAGAACAUGAUGGCGGCUUGCGAUCCACGCCACGGCCGCUACCUCACUGUGGCGGCAGUUUUCCGUGGCCGCAUGUCUAUGAAAGAGGUGGAUGAGCAGAUGCUAAAUGUACAGAACAAGAACAGCAGCUACUUUGUUGAAUGGAUCCCCAAUAAUGUGAAGACCGCAGUGUGCGAUAUCCCUCCGCGUGGCCUCAAAAUGGCCGCCACGUUCAUCGGCAACAGCACAGCCAUCCAGGAGCUGUUCAAGCGCAUCUCCGAGCAGUUCACCGCUAUGUUCCGUCGUAAGGCUUUCCUCCACUGGUACACGGGCGAGGGCAUGGAUGAGAUGGAGUUCACUGAAGCGGAGAGCAACAUGAACGACCUGGUGUCCGAGUACCAGCAGUACCAGGAUGCCACUGCUGAAGAGGGCGAGUUUGAAGAGGAGGGUGAGGAAGAGGGUGCCUAA